AUGAUUGCUAAUUUGCAUUUCUGCUUCAGAUCGCCAAUACUCGCUCCAGAAAGAACAGGCCUUCAACGCAUACGACAGCAGCCUAGCCGACAGCCUCCCUCUCCAAGCCUUGCAGCAGUCGCUUCUCCCACGAUCACGCCCAUCAGUAGCCGCAAAUCCAGCUUCGCGCUUGGAGGCGGCCCAUCCUCGCCCACUCUACCACUGUCAGAAGACCUCUCACGCUUUCCCACGGAAAGUCUCCACUCCUUCAGCUUCGCACACCAGUCCAGCGAGAACCUCCACAACCGCAGCGCCAUCUUGAAGCGAUCGGUCGAUUUCUUGACCAACAAACUCCAAUGGGCGGCCACAUCACCACGAAUUGCAAGUGCUCAAGCUCGUUUGGCCGGAGACGAGGAAGUGCUCAGCAUGAUUGAGCUUCUGCAGAAGGCGAAUUUUAUGGGUGUGCAGAAUCCACAUGCACAUGGAAUGGAACAUGGGCCUUUGACAGGUCCGGCAAACCUGUCGAAUGAGAAUGUUUUCGAGCAGAAUUUCCUGGCACCGGGACAAGAGAGUGAGAGUCCGACGAGUCUCGAGAGCGGAUCUACAUUGAAGAGCAAGGAUGAUGGGUUGAUACUCACACAUUCAACAUCACCCGACGGUGGCUUGAACAUACCCCAGACAGUCCAAGAGGCAGACACAGCUCCAACAGAUUUGACGAGGAUACCUACGGCCGACGACGAGGAGGCGACAGUCAACCCGGCGACACGGCGGCCCGCGCGAAUACCUCUAAAGAGGACUUACACUGACACGGCUGGGUACUCAUUGCAGCACCGCCUUAGCGAAGCCAUGGCUCAGCCAUACCGUUCGGACCAGCCUGUCCCUACUCCAGCCGCACAAUUCCCACCACGAGCUAACAGCGAACGCGAGCGAGCGCCACACGGGCACAGGAACGCCCCGAAUCAAGCCAUCUUCACGACCGAGAACACCGCUCCUUGGACCAUAACCGCAGCUAAUGAUCUUGCGUGUCUAGUCUUUGGUGUGACUCGAGCCGAAGUUCGCAAGCUAGGGAUCAUGGAAGUGAUUCAGGAGGAUCGACGGAAGUGGUUGGAGGAAAGGUUGAGAAACCCCGAGAGUGGCACGGCGCCCAAGCAGCUUCGGCCGCAGCCACCACCUUCCGCUGGUAAGACCAGUCCGAGUGGCGCUCUUUCGAGCAUGCGUAACGGUGUAACAGCGAAGUUGCUCUCGAAGCCACCGGCCCGAAAAACGUACCAGAGUCGCAGAAGCAAGACUGUUGAUGGUACUCGAACACCUCCAAAGGAGCCUGCUCCGCAUCAUCCAAACCACAAGAGCAGAGGCGUCCUCCUCUGUGGUGAUGUCGUACCCAUCCGGAAGAUGAACGGCUCGCAUGGCAGUGCGUCGCUCUGGGUGAAGGAGAAGGGCAAUAACUUGAUCUGGGUGCUUGAGGAGAUUGCAGAGGAUGUCGCUAUGCUGACCGUGGAUGAAAUUGGUCUGGUACUUCGAGGCAGUGGAGACAUCGAAGCCAUCUUUGGCAUGGACCGCGUCCGCAAUGGCAUGGAUGUCCAGAGGCUGGUUCCAGCAUGGCCCAAAUUGAAAGACACCAGCACAGGAGCCGUGGACUAUCAAGCUCUCGCACGCUUACGGAGAUUCACCGCGCGGACGAGCAAUUCGAUCUCCAUUCCGGUCACGAUCGAUCAGCUACCGAACGAGAGCGUGUUCAGGGUUUCAAGUUUUCCCCAUAUCGCCGGCAUCAUUGUGGUCAACCCGAACACCAUGCGCGUGAGCAGUUCUAACAAUGUGUUCUCCGCGGCGUUGUUCGGUCAUGCGGAUCCCAACGGACUGGCGGUUACGGACCUCAUCCCCAGCUUCGACAGCAUUCUCCGAGUGAUGACGGACGAGGAUAAGAUUGCAUUGGUCGACGGGAUCGUAAUCCCCGAGCACAGUUUCAGACGUGCUCGUGCAUUGCUGGCCCUUAGAGAAGGCUCGGCGGAUGCCGCUGCCAUAUUCCUGCGUCCCAGUGGUGUCUCAGCCAAGCACAGGGAUGGUGCAGAGAUCAUGAUCGACAUCCAGAUGCGAGUGGUGAAGUCGGACCGAGAUCCUAUUUACAACGAGAUGGUAAUGGAGGAGGAUGUUGAGACUCCCGCGAGAGGCAGUGAAGUGGUAUAUGCGUUGUGGAUUACCUACAGCAGACAAUUGCAUGCUGUCAACCAUGGCAUUGGACCGGUGACUUCACUGAUAAGUCGGCCCAGCACACCUCCACAGCAGCCUGGUCCCGGGCUGGCCGUUGACGAGUAUGCACCCAGUCCCAUGGUUUUUGCCGAGCGAAGACAAGAAGUCAGCGAUGGUGACAAGCCGCACGAGCAACUGGACGGGACCAAGAAUGCGCCGGCUUUGAAUGCCACGGAUCGAGAGCCAUUUGAGCAUCCCUCGCCGGACCUGAUCGCAGCCGGCGUCAAGAUGAUCACCAAAAAACGCAUCGACGAUUUCAACAUUCUUGAGGAGAUGGGCCAGGGUGCGUACGGCCAAGUCAAGCUCGCACGCUACAAGAAGGUCUCUGCGCCGAAGAUGGUCAUCAAGUAUGUCACAAAACGACGCAUUCUCGUUGACACAUGGCAUCGCGAUCGACGACUGGGAACGGUGCCGCUGGAGAUUCACGUAUUGGACUAUCUCCGUCGAGACGGUCUCCAACAUCCCAACAUCAUCGAAAUGGCCGACUUCUUCGAAGACGACAUCAAUUACUACAUCGAGAUGAUCCCUCAUGGUCUGCCAGGCAUGGAUCUGUUCGACUACAUUGAGCUUAGAGUGACCAUGGAAGAGCACGAAUGCCGCAAGAUCUUUCGCCAAGUGGCCGAAGCGCUGCGUCAUCUCCACAUUGAGGCCAAGGUCGUGCAUCGCGACAUCAAAGACGAAAACAUCAUUCUGGACGGCGAAGGGAAAGUGAAGCUGGCGGAUUUUGGCAGUGCGGCGUACAUCAAAUCAGGACCAUUUGAUGUUUUCGUUGGCACGAUUGAUUACGCCGCUCCUGAAGUCCUCCGCGGCUCUCCCUACCGCGGCAAAGAACAAGACGUGUGGGCGCUCGGCAUCCUGCUCUACACAAUCGUUUACAAGGAGAAUCCGUUCUACAGCAUCGACGAGAUCAUGGACCACGAUCUCCGCUUGCCGUACAUUUUGAGCGAAGACUGCAUCGACCUCAUCCGCAAGAUGCUGGACCGCGAUGUCGAGCGGAGGAUUGGAAUUCAGGCUGUGGUGGAGCAUCCCUGGUGUACGCAUGUCGACGAAGAGGAUGACGCGAAGAUUGAGCUGCCGGCGAGGAAUAUGGCUUGA